AUGUCUACUUAUAAUUUUACAGGAACGCCAACCGGUACAGGUACCGGUGGUGAUUCUUUAACCACUGAUUUAAAUACUCAAUUCGAUUUGAGUAAUAUGGCUUGGGUUGGUGUCGCAUCUGCUGGUGUCUGGAUUAUGGUUCCAGGUAUUGGUUUAUUAUAUUCAGGUUUAUCAAGAAAAAAACAUGCAUUAUCCUUAUUGUGGGCUUCCUUAAUGGCAGUCUCUGUAGUUAUAUUCCAAUGGUUCUUUUGGGGCUACUCUUUAGCAUUUUCUCAUAAUACCAAAGGUAAUGGCUUUAUUGGCACAUUAUCAAAUUUUGGAUUUAGACAUGUAUUGGGGGCUCCUUCUUCAGUGACUUCGUUACCAGAUAUAUUAUUUGCAGUUUUCCAAGGUAUGUUUGCUGCUGUAACUGGUGCUUUAAUGUUAGGUGGUGCUUGUGAAAGAGCAAGAUUAUUUCCAAUGAUGGUUUUCCUGUUCCUUUGGAUGACUAUCGUUUAUUGUCCGAUUGCUUGUUGGACUUGGAAUGCUGAAGGUUGGUUAGCAAAAUUGGGAGCUUUAGAUUAUGCAGGCGGAGGUCCUGUUCAUAUUGCCUCUGGUCAUGGUGCUUUGAUGUAUGCUUUGAUUCUCGGUAAACGAAAUGAUCCUAUUGCUAAAAAAGGUAUGCCAAAAUACAAACCACAUUCUGUUACUUCUGUUGUACUUGGUACAGUUUUCCUUUGGUUUGGAUGGCAAUUCUUCAACCCUGCAUCUGCUGGUAACGCUACCAUUAGGGCAUGGUAUUCUGCUAUGUCUACUAACUUAGCUGCUGCUAGCGGUGGUUUGACUUGGAUGUUUAUCGAUUAUUUUAGAUUUGGCGGUAAAUGGACCACAGUAGGAUUAUGUUCAGGGAUUAUUUCUGGAUUAGUUGGUAUUACUCCUGCUGCGGGAUUCGUCCCAGUUUGGUCUUCUGUAAUCAUUGGGGUUGUCACAGCAACUGGAUGUAAUCUCGCAACAGACUUAAAGACAUUGUUUCGCAUUGAUGAUGGUAUGGAUGUUUGGGCUCUACAUGGUGUUGGUGGAUGUAUUGGCUCUGUAUUUACAGGUAUAUUUGCAGCUGAUUACGUUAACGCCACUGCUGGUUCAUAUAUUGCACCAAUUGAAGGUGGUUGGAUAAAUCACCAUUGGAAACAAGUAGGUUAUCAAUUAGCAGCAAUGUGUUCCACUAUUGCUUGGUCAACAGUCAUCACUGCUAUAUUAUUAUUGGCGUUAGACAGAAUUCCAUUUUUGAGAUUAAGAUUAAGACCUGAUGAGGAAGAACUCGGUACAGAUCAAGUCGAAAUUGGUGAGUUUACAUACCAAGAAGACACAAGUUACAUCCCAGAACCAAUAAGAUCGAAUAUUGGAGUCAAUAUCCCAACAAACGUACGCACCAUCGAUGACGAGAUUAGAACAUCUGAAGAUAUAAGUGCACCCUCGUCAUCUUCAUCUUCAAAAGAUAAUGAUGGUCGUGGUGAGAAAGUUGAAGCAGUAGUAUAG